AUGGCGGAGGAACUCAUGCACUGUUCUCCUGCUAAGCUUGUUGUCUACCCACCGAAAGAUUCUGUUGACGGCGACGAGAACAAAUAUAAAUCAGGCAAGAAAUUGGAAGAGGUGAUUCAGGAAUUGAAGAAAAAGACCCCGCCCACAUCCGAUGAUCAUCCCUUGAUUGUGGUGGCACCCACUCGACCGCAAAAGCCAGCAAAUGAUUCAGGAUUUUUGGCAGAGCAGAUCAGUGCACUUGCUGCAUUUGCACAGGAAGAAUUGGAUAUCAGGACGAAGCAUAAGCCAAUGUCAGAAGCAUCUGCACCAUUUGCUAUAUCUAUAUUGGCUGGGAAUGGUAUCCGGACUGCCACGGAGGAACCUAUCCGGGAGGCUGGGUCCCUGGCUGAUCCACCAAAGUUUUCAUGGGAAGUCCUUGAUUUGGGCGGCCGAGUCUGGAACAAAAGUGAACAUGCCGGUACGCUUGAAGUAGUGGAGUGGUUUAAUCAACACCUGUUGGCUGGGGAGAAAGGGGAAGAAAAAUAUGGUCUCAAGGUUGUAACUGGUGCAGUACUUCCAAAGGUGAAGGGCAACAGGAAAAGCGCCGCCGGAAAAGGUGACAUUGCCAUUGGAAAAUUGGAGAAUAUGGAGCAUGGAGAGACUUUUACUUUUGUGAAUGGUUUAGUUGAACUCAAAACGGAUAGGUCUCGUAUCAAGACUGGAAAAAACUUGCUGGAACUGUUUGCUCUAUCCAUGACAAGCAAAAUUGAGACAGGUGUUGCUCUGCUGGCCACAAAUUGUGAUAAAACAUGGCAGACCUUCCAUUUCUCAGAAGCAGGCGUAUUACACACAGGUUUUAUGAUCAUGGCGGAAAAGCGUGGGAAGAUUUCAUGA